GCUGCUCCUCAGCUCUGCAGUUCAGACUCAGUGUCGGCUCUCCUGCUCGCAGUCGGGGCGCGCGCGGCAUGUCAACUCCACCGGUAUGAGUUCCACUCAAGCUGUGACGUUAACUCCGGUAGCUCUGCCCCGGGAGCUCGCGCAGAACCCGCUGCACAAGAUCUGGAUGCCGUGCAAGAACGGACUUCCGGACAUGCAUAUUUCUCAGAGAAGAGUUUGCAUGACCAACUGUCCCACCCUCAUAGUGACUGUGGGGUUGCCAGCUAGAGGAAAAACCUACAUCUCUAAAAAACUCACUCGAUACCUCAACUGGAUUGGUGUUCCAACUAAAGAGUUUAAUGUUGGACAGUACCGGAGGGAGUGUACAAAGGUCUACAGGAACUUUGAGUUUUUCCAUCCUGAUAAUGAAGAGGGACUGAAGAUCAGGAAACAGUGUGCUCUGACAGCUCUGAAUGACGUGAGACAGUUCCUCAGUGUGGACAGAGGACAUGUGGCUGUGUUUGAUGCCACCAACACUACGAGAGAGAGGAGGAAAAUGAUCAUGAGAUUUGCUGAACAAAACGGGUACAAGGUUUUUUUUGUUGAGUCUCUGUGUGACGAUCCAGAGGUUAUUGCUCAGAACAUUGUACAGGUAAAGUUGAACAGUCCUGAUUAUAUUGACUGUACCACUGAGGAGGCUGUUCAGGACUUUAUGAAGAGGAUUAAAUGUUAUGAGAACUCGUACGAGCCUCUGGAUGAGGUGUUGGACAGGAACCUGUCCUACAUUAAGGUGAUGGAUGUGGGGAUGCGAUAUUUAGUAAACCGUGUGAUGGACCACAUUCAGAGCCGCAUCGUUUAUUAUCUGAUGAAUAUUCACAUCACUCCACGCUCCAUCUACCUCUGUCGCCAUGGCGAGAGCGAACUCAACAUCUGUGGACGCAUCGGGGGCGAUUCAGGCCUGUCCCCCCGUGGCAAGCAGUUCGCGAUAUGUUUGAGGAAAUUCAUUCAAGAACAGAACAUAAAGGAUCUGAAAGUCUGGACGAGUCAAAUGAAGAGAACCAUCCAGACUGCAGAGGCUCUCGGUGUUCCGUAUGAACAGUGGAAAGCUCUUAAUGAGAUCGACGCUGGCGUGUGUGAGGAGAUGAUGUAUGAGGAGAUACAGGAACAUUAUCCUCUGGAAUUUGCAUUGCGGGAUCAGGACAAGUUCCGAUAUCGCUACCCUAAAGGAGAGUCGUAUGAGGAUCUGGUACAGCGUUUGGAGCCUGUGAUUAUGGAGUUGGAGAGGCAGGAGAAUGUUCUGGUGAUCUGUCACCAGGCCAUCAUGCGCUGCCUCCUCGCCUACUUCCUGGACAAAAGCUCAGAGGAGUUGCCGUAUCUGAAAUGUCCUUUACACACUGUGCUAAAACUCACACCUGUGGCUUAUGGAUGUAAAGUGGAGUCGGUGGGUCUGAAGGUGGAUGCAGUGAACACACACCGAGAAAAACCUGAGAAUGUGGAUGUGUCUCGUUUGGCUGAGGAGGCGCUGCUCACCGUCCCUGCACACCACUAAACAUGCGCAUUCAUUCACUCUACACUGUUUCACAUUCCUGUUUACUCCUUAAUAAUCCUUCAUUAUUCUCCCUGAACACUGUGAAUGAGUUUUACUUUUGUCAUAAUAAUCAAACGGAGUGCUGACUGGAAGCCAGUCCUGGAGAGAGAGUGAGUGGGUGUGUGUGCCCGCACGUGCGUACUCAGAUUUACACAUGCUGCAUGUACACGAGGGUGAGCAACUGAAACACAUUCCUCAUUUUUCUUGUUUACACUUUUAGAAAAAAAAAAGUUAAAAUAGCACUUUUUUUUGUUUUUGACAGGAAAAAUAUAUAAAUAAUAUCCUGUGCCAAACACACAACUUUGAGUUCCUUUUAUUAGUUUAACUAAUAAACUAAGCAUAGUUGGUGAAUUUUAACUCUGAUUUUCAGUCUGAUUGUAAAAGUGAACAUCUCUAGAUUAGAUUAGAGUGAUGAGUUCUUUUUUUUUUAUAAAAAAUGUGCACAAACAAAAUUUAAUAAUCGAAUCAAAUUUGAGUUGAAUUUAGACAUAAAGAGCUUUUAGGUGAAUGAUGAACAUCAUCCUGAGUUUCUGUUUUAUUGCUGACAGUAAAACAAAUGUACAGAGUGAAGUUUGCACACGUGUGCGGGGAGAGAGAGAGAGAGAGAGAGAGAGAGAGAGAGAGAGAGAGAGAGAGCAUGCAGGAAUCUCCUGGAACAAAGUGAAACUUUUAUUUUAUUUGAAUUUUCUUUGGAUGUGAUGUUUUUGCACAUUUCUGAGCCUUCAGCUGGGGCCGAGUUGAAAACAAUCAAUCAUUUUCUUGAAAGAGAGGUGUGUGUGUGUGUGUGUGUGUUUAAACAUUCCACAGAGACACAGAAGCUGUGAGGAGGAAAUAAAUAAAGCUCUUUUUGUUCAUAUUUGAGAGAAACAGUCGAUGCAGUGUACAGAGUUAUUCCUCAGCUAUUGGUUUUACUUUUACACAGUGAAGACUCAGAUCGUCAUCAUCCUCACUACUCUGUAUCUUUACUGGGUUUCACUUUCUAGAUAAUUUACUGUAAUUAUUUCUUUUCCAUACGCACAGGUCUUCAGUGCUGCUCCAUGAAUACAUGAGUCUUAAAGCAGGACUAAAGAACAUCAUCUGUGGAGAAUAAACACUCGUAUUUUAUGUUCAAGUUUUCUGUUUAACAUUUAGUCAAAUAUGAAAAUAAAUUUUCAAUAAGAAAA